AUGCGCCAGAUGAACAACGCUAUGAGCUCGCUCUUUGGUAAUCCCUUUGGUAAUGAUAUGUUCGGCGGCGGCGGUGGUGGUGGAUCUUUUCCUGGAAGGCCCCCAUCCAUGGCGAUGAUGCCAUUUAGUAAUCCAAGUGGUGGUCUGCUAUCUCCUUUCCCAUUUCCCAACAUGAAUCCCUUCAUGCAGAGUAUGAGUCAGAUGUCGAAUGAUCCCAACUGCCAUUCUUUUAGCACCAGUUCAAUGACAACUAUGACCACAGGACCGGACGGAAAGCCGCAGGUUUAUCGGGAAUCUUCCUCCAUGAGAGCAGUCCCAGGCGGAGUUUGCGAAACUAAAAAAACUGUAUGCGAUAGCCGAACUGGUGUCAAGAAAAUGGCUAUAGGGCGUCAUAUCGCGAUCGAGCGCAUAUCAAAGAGAAAGAAGGCAACGUGUACUCGGGAGAAGUUGAGGAGAAUGAAGAAUUCAUUAAUCUCGACGAAGGUUGGUUUGAGUUUGAAGAUAUGA